UGGUUUCGCCUGCUCCGCCUCUCACUCGCUCAAUAGUCACUGGCCGGUCGCGUUCGUUCUCCAAUUUACAUUUUUCGUGCCAUUUAGAGGUUUUUAGUUCGCGGCCAAUUGCCAGCGCCAUUAAAUCGAAUCGAGUGAACCGAUGGCUGCCCCACCAGCCGUUAAACGCCUGCCAGUCAACCAAAAGAUGGCUCCAGUCCAAAUGCCCAAAAUAACAAUAACAAGCAACAGCACCAGCAGCAGCACCAGCAGCAAAGGCGCGACAAAGGCAACAGCCGCUGCACCCAAAUCCCCAGAUGGCCUCACCGCCCUGGUGCCCAAAAAGAGUCUCACCUCGAUGUCCGAUGAGGAAAUCAUUCAGGAGAAUCUUAAGGAAAUAUUGGAUCUUAAAUCGCGCGAGGAGCGCAAAGCCAAUGGACGCCUGGUUGCCGUCAUUGUUUGCUUUCUGGUGAUCUUUCUGGCCAUUUAUCAUGCUUGGAUACAGGACGCACUGGCUGGCGUCUUGGUGCCUGCUGGCAUUAUGCUCUCCUACUUCGCCUGGGUCGUCGUCCUAGCCAAAAGGGAUAAGCACAAACGUGCCAUGUUUGAAAAGCACAUCGAGGAGGUGGCCAUGAAGAACAAGAGCGAGCUGGAGGAAAAACAUUCGCGUUUAAAGCACUCGCACGGCCAUGGACACGGACACACGCCCACGGAUGUGGAUCAGCAGAGCUGCAGCGGCAGUGGUAGCGCCACGAGCAGUCUGCACUACGUUAACGAGCUGCUGCCGAACGGGGAGCAUCGCAAGAAACAGCGCCGCCAUAGGCAGCGUCACGCCGAUGCGCACGGGGAGCGGCCAGGACGUGCGCCGCGUGCGUCUGGUGCCACUACAGAGGCGACUGUGCAUCGCAGCGGUGGGGCCAAGAGGCCAAGCAUUAGGCAGAAACUCUUCGGCCAAAGCAUAGCCCAUGUGAAGCUGGUGGAGACGCAAAGCGACAGCAUGGACUCGACGGGCGGUCCUAGGGGUUCUGGUGUUCCAAGCGAGAAGCGCAAACGGCUGCAGCGCAUGGACACCCUGCCCAUGCCCCAGGUGGUGCGCAUGAGUUCGGCGCCAUAGGGUAGAGUAGAGAAAGGGAAUGGGAAUAGAAUGGGUAAUGGCCUUGCUAUUGUAUCGAGUAAAUAAAUGUAUUAUAAAAAAUAUAAA